AUUACCACUAGGCCACUCUCGAGGUAGCCCUGUGACUAAUCAGAACCACAUGAACAGUGAAGACAAGCCUGGAUUCCAGGAAUAGAGCCUGCAGCAGGGCUGGCGCUGCAGUCCACUUGGAUACUGCCUGCUGCCUGUGCAACAUCACCGAUGACUCCUUGUCCUUUGCGGCGAAGACUUGUACUGUCAGCGGCUCCCCUUCUAGCAGGAUUUGGGAAGGAAAGUUCUGAACUCCUCGGACCUGCCCAGUACAUGAUGUCAGCUGUCAAUGACACCAAAUUCAACUCUGCAGUGUUCCUUCUCACCGGGAUACCUGGGCAGGAAGACGUCCAUCUCUGGAUCUCUGUCCCCUUCUGCUUAAUGUAUGUUCUUUCUGUAGUAGGAAAUUCAGUCAUUCUGUUCAUUAUAAAAACAGAUCCAAGCCUCCAUGAGCCCAUGUACAUUUUCCUUUCCAUGUUGGCCAUCACAGACCUAGGCUUAUUGAUAGCCACCAUGCCGACGAUACUGGGUAUAUUCUUGUUUAACUCUAAGGAGAUCAGCCACGAUGCCUGUUUUGCCCAACUAUUCUUCAUCCACUUGCUUAAAUGCACUGAAUCCUCCGUGCUCUUGUUAAUGGCCUUUGACCGCUUCAUCGCGAUCCAUGACCCACUGAGAUAUGCUUCCAUCUUAACUCUGCCAAGAAUAAGCAAAAUGGGACUGGCAUUUGCACUAAGAGGGGUGGCUGUGAUACUCCCACUCCCUUUUCUCCUUCAACGGUUACGAUACUGUCGAUCCAAUGUCCUCUCCCAUUGCUAUUGCAUAAACCAGGACGUCAUGAAGAUGGCUUGUUCAGAUAUCAGAGUAAACAGCAUCUAUGGCUUGUCUCUUUCACUCUUGACUGUGGGACUGGACUCGCUGCUCAUCUUUCUUUCGUAUGUGAUGAUCCUCAAAACAGUGCUGAGGAUCACGUCCCACGCGGAGUGCCUCAGGGCCCUGAAUACCUGCAUCUCCCACCUCUGCGCCGUCCUGCUCUUCUACACGCCAAUGACCGGGCUGUCUGUGAUACACAGAUUGGGGGAGGACUCUUCUCCCUUGCUUAAGAUUCUCCUUGGUUAUAUCUAUAUGCUCGUCCCGCCCCUGAUGAACCCAAUUGUGUACAGCAUGAAAAGCAAACACCUUCGUGCAAGGAUAAUCAGAGCGUACUGUGACAGGUUAGAUAACAGAAACCCCCUUGGGGUUGCCAACUGA